UGAGUUUGAAGUUAUCAUGUGACCACUGUCCCUUUCCCCACCCGGUGGGGGGCGAGGGAAGAACAUCACUGUGACAUCACUAUAUGAGAUAUUAUGUCACCCGUUCAGGUUCUUGCUCCAACCCGCGCGUGGCCCUUGCCCACCGGUGGGGGAAAGCAGGUGUUGCGCAUGCACAGCAGUCGGCAGGGUUGGGCCGUUUGACGCGACCGCGGAGUCCGGUCGCAGGUGAAAGCGAGCGAGGCCGCGGGGGAUAUGUUUCGCUCCGCCCCUCAGUUGCAUCACGGAGGCGAAUGGACGAGCUCACGCUGAGCUGCGAGCCGGCGGUGCUCCAGCGUGUGGCGGAGGGCGGCAGGGACGCGGCCUCCGACCUGGAGCUCGGCGCCGGCGAUGAUGCUGUGUCGGCGCUGGUGUGGGUCGAGCCGGCGACGGGAGCGACGGCACUCAGUUUCGGCCGGGCUGCCGCCAACCCAGGGGGAGCGGUGCGCUUCCUGCCCCGCCGGGAGGGUGAGGGGGCUGGGGAGUCCGAGCACGGCGAUUCGCGGUCCUCUCCAUUGCUGCUACUAUGCCCGGAGAAGGAGCCGCUGCUGAGUUGCCCGGGUCCCCUCGACGACCAGCCGCUGAGCCCCGGCCCCGAGCUCAACUACUUCCCUGACGACCCGGAGUUCGCCGACAUCGUACUGCGAGCCGAGCAGGCCAUCGAGAGUGGCGUUUACCCGCAGCGCAUCUCUCAAGGGUCGAGCGGUAGCUACUUCGUCAAAGACGCUAAGGGGAUCACCAUUGUAUGGAGUAACAGUUAUCUUUGCCAUUUUGGUUUUAACAUUUGCAUAUAUUUAGUCUCGUGUAUAAAGGUAGACAAUCCGUCCAUCCUUGUUCAAAUGCACUCAGCAACUUUGUGGUUGUUUGAUAAAAUUAUUGGAGUCUUCAAACCAAAAACAGAAGAACCUUAUGGGCAAUUAAAUCCCAAAUGGACCAAGUUUUUCCACAAGAUCUGCUGUCCGUGUUGUUUUGGUCGUGGUUGUCUCAUACCAAAUCAAGGUUACUUGUCAGAAGCUGGUGCUUACCUUGUAGAUGAAAAAUUGGGACUGGGAGUUGUACCAAAAACAAAGGUAGUUUGGCUUGCAAGUGAAACAUUCAACUAUAGUGCAAUAGAUCGAGCAAAAUCCAGAGGCAAGAAAUAUGCUUUAGAAAAAGUGCCAAAAGUUGGUCGCAGGUUUCAUAGGAUUGGGCUUCCUCCAAAGGUUGGCUCCUUUCAACUCUUUGUAGAAAAUUACAAAGAAGCUGACUACUGGCUUCGAAAAUUUGAAACUGAUCCAUUGCCAGAAAACACUCGCAAGCAGCUACAGUCCCAGUUUGAGAGAUUGGUGAUUCUAGAUUACAUCAUCAGAAAUACUGAUAGAGGAAAUGAUAACUGGUUAAUGAAAUAUGAAAAACCAGAAAAUACAACAGAGUUUUGUGAUAAAGAUUCAGAAUGGACACAUUGCAAAGAACCUAUCAUUAAAAUUGCAGCCAUUGACAAUGGAUUGGCAUUUCCAUUUAAGCAUCCUGAUGAAUGGAGAGCUUAUCCAUUUCAUUGGGCCUGGCUUCAUCAAGCUAAGAUUCCUUUUUCACAGGAGACGAGAGAUUCGAUCCUUCCUCGAAUUUCAGAUAUGAACUUUGUUCAGGAUCUCUGUGAAGAUCUUUAUGAACUCUUUAAGACUGACAGAGGGUUUGACAAAGCUACUUUUGAACUGCAGAUGUCAGUGAUGAGAGGACAGAUUUUGAACCUUACUCAGGCACUUAAAGAUGGAAGAAGUCCUAUUCAGUUAGUUCAGAUGCCUCGUGUGGUUGUGGAACGAAGUAGUUCUGGAAGUCAAGGCAGGAUAGUCCACCUGAGCAAUGCCUUUACCCAGACAUUUCACUGCCGCAAACCAUUUUUCUCAUCUUGGUAAUGAAUGUAUAAAUACAUUUAUAGGCCUUUUAAAUGAUUUCUAGCUAUCUGUUUCAUACCACCAUGUCACUGUAAAUAUGCAAAUAGGUGACAGUGAAAGGGAGAAAACUUGAACUCUAUAUGUCACCUUUUAAAAUAUAAAAAGGUGAAACUUAUCUACUGUAAUUGCCAAAAAUAGUUGCUUUGAUGUACUUCAUCAGAUGUUAGAUACUGAAAGUAAUGUUUACAACUUUUGCAGCGUUAAUACUUGAGCAAUCUUUAGUGUCAGGGAACAUGAACUGCUGUCUUAUUGUAUUUUUAUAAGAACUGCAUCAAAAUUUUCAAAUGGUAAUGAAUUAUAUACUUGGGCAGGGGUAUUCUAUAAGGAACUUCUUGAAUAAAGAUGUUUGUGUUUAUACGUUUAGACCAAAAACUUUAAUUUCAUACAGAGGAUAAAGAUUUCUUUUGUAACUGGCACUGAUCACUGUAUUUGUUUCAUUGAAAAGCAUUAAAGCAAUGGUGAAACCAACUGUACAUUUGAAUGGGGUUAAUUACAGUUCACUAGAGUCAACCAUGUUUGCUCUCUGAAGAGAACUGAAGUGUUAAAUUAUAGCUAAUCCAGCACAGUUCAUUUUAAAGCCUUUUUCUGAAAAUCAUACAAUAUUGCAGUGCAUUUGUUUUGAGUUUACACAGAUUAUGACCUUCAGUAUUGAUUCGCAAUGAAGGAUGGAAGUUUUGCAUGUAGAAAGUUGAAAAUGAACAAAUUACAUUCUGAGAUGGGUUUAGAAUAAUA